GGGUGACCCCAACCCUCUUUUUGGCGAAUAUUCGAGGCAUCUGGCUGCCCCUAUCCUCCCUCGCCUCGGAUCCAAACGUGUGGCACAUCCUAACACGACGACGCUAUCAACACAACACUGCCUCUCCCCUCUGCUUCCAAUCCAUGGCUGCUCCGCCGCGGCGAAACCCCAGCAACGGCGUCCGGUGGGUGAGCACCACACACCCACCGGCCUCCGGUGUCCACCCCCACUGAUACUGUCACCAGCCCCCCGCGACUCCGCCCCUGAACCGUAACCCUCUCUUCUGCCCCCUUCGCAGGACGAGGAGCCGUGACUCGCGGCGGGCCUCCGCCCGCCCAACUUCCUCCCGGGCAUGGCCAUCGGGUUCCUCCUCGGCCUCCUCGUCGAACUGUCCUCCUCCUGGAGGCCGAGGUUCAGCCUCCCGCCGGGCCCGUCUGCCCCGGCGCCACGGGGCUCCAAGCGGGCGGCCGCCGGUUCGUCCGCCGCCCCAGCACCAGGUGAAGAGCUCAAGAUGGCGCUGCUCCAUCACGAGGAGCACAGAUACCUUGGCAGUGUUUCCGGCAACAGCGUCAUCAAGCAAUAGGCGGACCUCUUCAGGAAGUUUAUCUUGAGUAAGCUGAUGCAUGUAUAUUACAAGAAGAUAAUUCAACAAACCAUCAAAACUAGCAGGAUAGAUGCUAUAUGUACCAAAUCAGCAGUACAUAGAUCUGUCAAAGAAGAUCGGACACAUUUAGUACUACCACCGUUAGUGACGAUGGUUGAUGUUCUAUGUACCAAAUCUGCGGGCAGUACCCAAAACCACCACGGCUGGUUCCCCUCAUGUUGUGUUUAACAAGAUUUUCCUCAGUUCCUCUUGCAAGAUAGAUGAACUACCACAAGCUUGUGAGCAAUUUUGAUAAA